AUGAAAAGAUUCUUCCAGCCGGUGGCGAAGGAGGGCUCUUCCAAGAAGCCCGCCCUCUCCGGGCACUCGGGUGACGAAGGAGUGGGAGGACGAGAAGGGUCGGCGGCGCCGGGGGAAGAGGCAGAGAAGCGGGGGCCGCUCAAGUUCCUGACAUGGAACGCCAACAGCCUCCUCCUACGAGUGAAGAACGACUGGCCCGAGUUCUCCAAGUUCGUGCAGGAGCUCGACCCGGAUGCCAUCUGCAUCCAGGUCCGUCCCUGCCUUCUUCAUGUUGUCAGAAUCUCUCUCCCGUUCUCUCUCUUUCUCUCUAGCUUGGUCAAUACUCACAGCUCUAGUCCUUCGAUGAAAAAUCGUCGGUGAGUUACAGUUUUUGGGUUGGUUUCGAUAGUGAUUGAUCUGGGAACUGUGUUACUACUUUGUCUGGUGUCUCGGUUGUUGUCUUUUGGACAGUUGAGCGAUGGGUUUCAUCAGCUCAGGGAUUUAUUUAUGAUACAAUAAGUGAUUUUAAUGCAGGAUACAAUGUCCUCUUUUUCUAUACGGUUGAUAGGGGAGGGCUACACUACUCUCAUGGUUUUGAGCUCAAAAUGCGUCGAUCAAAGGCUGUAUAUGGCUUUUGUGGACCCUUUUAUCAUGUGAUGCUGGAGAGGUAUAAUGUGCAUACCGGGUUCUUAGGGCUCUUUCCUGAUUAAAUAUCUCAUAUAGCAAUGCAGCUAGAUUCAUGGGAAGCAUAGAAUCGGAACAAUUUUUAGUUUUUUUUAGUUUUUAUCUUCUAGUUUAUUCUAUUCUUGGCAUUGUAGAUACAAACAAAAUUAUGUUCCUUAAUAAUCAGUGAAUAGUCUGUUCUUAAGGUAUUGGCGGUAGAAAAGCAUACUCAUUCAGAUCAAGUGCAUUCUUUUUUUCUUUUAAGGAAGUAUUGAGAAAUUGGCCUAAAGACUGUUGGAGUGAUGAGUCCAUCUUGCUUCCUUGAUGCGUCAAUAACUUCAAAGUGAAGAAUAUUUGAGGAAGAGAUUUUCAAAUCAUCCGACAUUGAACGAUUGCAUAAUCGUGUACUUGGUGUACACUUGGUGGAUGAGUGAAACUGACAUGGAGUAGGUGGAAUGUGGUGUCCUGUCCAAAUGUUGAUAAUUUUAAUCUUUAUAUGUAUUUAAAAAUUUAGGCCUCUCGAUCCACCAUGUGUACUUGGUGUACACAUGGUGGAUCAAGUGCAUUCUUUUUAUGUAUUUUUUCAUUGACAGAAGAGGUGGACUUCUCACUUAAAACUAUGAAACGAAUGCACAAAUGGGGCUUCAUUUCUCUCCACAGAAUGAAAGCCCCGUUACUGCUGAAAGUGGUUGCCUUUCAAUCGCAACAUCAGAAGCAGAGGCUGUGGCAACUGUGGCAAGAACACCAGUAAUGACGAAAAAUAUUGUAUGGCUGUAAGAUUUAUGUUAUCUUACAUGAUGGGUUGCAGCUUGACAUUGCAUUCAUUUAUUGAAAGCGAAUCCAAUUUCAUAGGAUUUACUUUUGGGUCAGAUCCUGGGGAGCCUUUGUAGGCCAAAGAAGAGUUAUGGGUAUGAAGUGGGAAAACUUUCAAUAUCAAACGUACAAUUAUAUGCACUCUUCUUUCCUCAAUGCUUUUGAGUUAAGGCAUCUUCACCGAUGCUGUUCAUCAGCUUGGAUUUUAUAAUGGAUACUAAUUUUACCUCAUUAUGUUGGCAUGAUUAGUGUUUUUACAAAUAGAGCUCCUUUAUACUUGUAUUAUUCUUUUCAAGCAUCUGAUUCCCUGACAUUAUCUUAAAUGGAUUGGUACAGGAAGUAAGGAUGCCUGCAGCAGGAUCCAAGGGUGCUGCGAAAAAUCCUUCCGAGUUGAAAGAUGAUACAAGCUUGGCUAGUGAGGAAAAGCAGGUGCCUGUAGGCAUAACUUAGGAUUAUCUUGAGAGUAUUACUUGUUUAUAUGCAUGAGUUUACUUUUCGUUUUUCAAUGAAAAGUACAGAUUUUCAUGGAUGUGCUUACUUUUUUUGGAUUACAAAUCGGAUUGCAACACGGUACAUUCAUACUUGGUUAAAUGAAUUUCCACGGGACUGGUGGCGUAGUUGAGAAGGGAGAAGACAAUGUUAUGGAUACUCUGACUACUCCAGUGAAGAAAAUAUUCGGAUAACCUUUGCUUUGAUGAUAUUAAUUCUGUACACUUUGGUGGUAGCAUAUUUGACUUCUUGGGGGGGGGGGGGGGGUUAGCAAGUUUUAUUGGAACCUGUUGGGAAUAUGAACUGAGUAACAUAUUUCGCAUUUAUCAGAUUUUUCGGUGCUUUUGUUAAUCGUUGUUUGGUUGAUGAUAAGCAUGUGUAAUCUCUUUUGUUUGCAAGCUACAUAGUAAAAUGAUCAUUUUUCUGAAUUUUCUGUACUUAUGAUUCAUCCUCAAUCUAUAUGAGUUUAAGAGAUUAUAGAUGAAGUGGCAAUUAUCUAAACUUUUAACCUUAAAUGCCUUGACUGGUGCAUAGACUGCUCCUCUAAAAGGUCUCAGCACUUUUCAAUGAAGGAAAUAGUCAUGACCUUAGGUUUGAUCUCUUUUCAGUUUGUCGUCUUGUCUUGUCUCAGAUCACAUAUUUGCGUGGUUCUUCUAUAUCAGAUUGUAGUAUCAUUCGCAUCUACAUCACAUAUCUAUUGUGGGAAUUCUAGUCUAUUGUCUUGAAUUCGGCAGCUUUCAUAGGCUUUCCUAGUCGUAGCUAUUUGAAGGCAUAAAAUUUUACCUUUAUUCUUCUAUUUUUUUUGCUUUGAGGUAGAAAUUAUCCAUAUAAGGUGUGAUUGAAUGCAUAUAAAAUGGAGAAUCUUGACGCUGUAGGGAAUUAACUUAAUUUAACCUUUUGUUUUACACAUAGCUUGUUGCAGAAUAUCCAGUAAUGGUUACUGGAUGGUUCACCGUUUGCCCACUAUCUCAAUUUUUUUCAUUUGUCUUAAUCAGUCCUGAUCACAAUUUUAGCUUAAUAGACAUUAUGUCUCUGUUGGGUUGUGGAACUGCUCUUUUCAACCUGGAUUGUGAGCAUGUGGUGGCUUUUAAAAUUUGUGCAGGUGCUCAUGCGCGCUUUAUCAAGUGCCCCAUUUAAGAGCUAUCGUGUUUGGUGGUCUCUUUCAGAUUCAAAGUAUGGAGGGACUGCUUUAAUUGUUAAACGACAAUUUCAGCCGAAAAGGGUUUCUUUCUCCCUUGAUCCAACAUGUAAGUGAUGGAACAAAAUUGCUAGUUUUUAUAGUUGGAUGUUUCGUAUUCUUCAUGAUUAUCAUUUUCUGAAAGUCUUGUCCUGCUACCCAUCAAAUGGCGGGUUAGCUGGUUGAUAGUCCAUCAUGAAUCUACCAUUUGUUUUGCCAAGACCUAUUCUUAUUUGCAGUUAAUGGAAGGUUAAGUAUCCAUUGAAGUGAAAAUAUUCUUCUGGUCUGCAUGUUCGAGAUCGAAAGGCAACGUUAGAUCUGCUCGACAUAGCUUUACAAGCUUUUUCUAGCCGUUUCUCUCCUUUAUUGCGACUUCAUAGAUAUUGUUUUGGCCUCAGGCAGACUGUUGAAUCUGGAACCGGCUCUCUUUCUGGGUGUUGAAGCAUUCGAAUUCUUGAUUCCUCUCCUUUCUUUUCCACAAAUUUGUUUUACAAGUUUCAGAUUUCACCUCUGUUGAUCAUAUUGCUUUUGGUAAUUCUUUGAAAAUAAUUAAGGGCUAAUUUUCUAUUGUCUUUCUGACUGGGAUAUACAUUAAGCAGUGGAGGAUAUCCUGUUGAUCUGCGGAUAAAACAGUAAGGAGAAAGCAUGGUCCAGAGACUCAGCCGCCUCUUUGGAUCUGCUGAUUCCAUAGAUCAGUUUGUGAAUUCCAUCUCAGACUUGGCUUUCAAAAGGCUCACAAUCAUUUUUCUUGCAUAUGUUUUCAGAAUCAACCCACCUCCUCCCACAAUCUCCAAUGAAUGUGGUUCUAUUGCUAGAAGGCGUUUUUGUGAAAACAACCUCUAAGAGCCAUUAUACAAUGGCCAAUUGGAUAUGAAGUCGUUAUUCUAACAGUUAAUUCUCCUUUUUCUUGUUAUUCCAUGGUUUGUGUUGUGUAUUUCUUUGAUAAAGGGUUGAUUUGUAUUUGCACUUCUCCAAUUUUAGAUUAAAUUCGUAGAUAUCUUCUCUUGUUCUCCUAAUGGCAUCGCUCAUCUUCUGGAAGGAUGGAAGCUUCCUAGGUCGGAUAUCAUGCCUAAAUCUGAACUACCAUGAUUGGCCGGAUUUUAACAUUUUUCCGUUGAAGAAAUGCUGAGCUUCCGAUCAAAAUUGGUCUAUUGAUCUAUGCUUCAUUAAGAAAGUUUUUGAAGGAAAUUAAAAUUUUCUGUGCUAAAGAUGAAAUCUUGCAUGAAUACUAUUACAUCGUACUGCCAUUUUAGAGCUAUUAUACCUUUUUUUAAAAUUUAUUUCUAUUUGCAGCUUCCAAGCACGAACCAGAUGGAAGGGUGAUUUUAGCUGAAUUUGAAUCACUCUACUUACUAAAUACCUAUGUCCCUAACAAUGGUUGGAAAGAUGACGAAAAUUCUUUCAAAAGAAGAAGAAAAUGGGAUAAAAGGAUGCUUGAAUUCAUCCUUCAGUCAAGUGAUAAGCCUUUGAUUUGGUGUGGAGACCUGAACGUAAGGUAACUACUACUUUUACUCAGAUCGUUCUAUCAUUUGUGUGUUAGGUCACUGAAGAUUAUUCAGGAUCUUACUGCUAUAAUUCAGGAUAUUCAAAAUACUGGAUUAAAAGGAAAUGUGACUGAUUGGCUCACUAUAACGUUCUGGAAUAAUAACAUGAACUUUAGAAUUAAAAGGAAAUGUGACUGAUUGACUCACUAACCAACUUUGAUUGGCAUUUAUUUUCUGGAUGAGUCCGAUUCGGUGAAUUGGGAAACAGUGGCAUGCUUUUUGCUUGCCCAGAAUCCUUUCCAACAGGAUGAAAUGUUCUAUGGGCAGUAAUCAAACCAAUUUUUGCUUGUUGUGAUUUUUCUUAUCCUGUGAUGGUGGUUCUUAGAUUUGUACUGUCUGAAGGUUCUAUCAACCUGGAACUGUAAAUCGUACACACCCCUUGUUAGAGUUAUUGGGCCAUCCAACGCAAAUUUGAUUGAGAGUGGAUAGAGUAGGCUGGACAUUUUUAGUCGCAGGUUUCUGUGAUAACCAGUGCAUGACUAUUCUUAAAAGUUCUACUCAGGGAUGAAUCCACUGUAUCCAGGUACAAUUUAUUCAAAUAUAUUGGUGUACAAACUCCAAUUUCUGAUUGUAGCUGACAUGUAAUCCAGUGACAUCUCUUUUAAUGUGUAAGGUACUGGAACAGUGGGAUAAGGAAGUAGAUCAAGUAGAGUGGUAUUCCAAGUUCAGAAAGUGGAGAACAGAAUCUGACAGGAACAGGGAGAGGCUAAGGGGGGUAAGAACAGAGAGGAAAGAUAAACCCUAACACGGAUCCUCGAGGUGCCCCAACCUCCAACCUUGUCCGGUUCACUUAUCUGUGACCCAGGACUCUCUCUCCCAUAUUGGGCCUGCCUUUGGUCUUCCUGCGAGUAUACAUUAGGCCCAGUGGUCUAACAUAAUGAUCUGUUUUUUGUGAGGUAGGACCAUCUACAGAUCAACUAGUCUUGAUUUAUCACUUCUCUUGUUAGAUUCAUGAUGGGAAUAAACACUAAUCCUUGGUGUCUCGCUACUGGCCUUCUUGUCUGAGAGAUGGGGUGACUGCCCAGGAACUGAAUUCUUGACCCCCUUUCAAGAAAUGGGUUCGUGGCUCUUCUAGUUCACUUGUAAUCUUUUGACUGGUGAGGAUGGUGUAGGAUAGGGGACAAGGGAGCUUGGAAACUUGCUUGAUAUGCUGCCAUGGCAUUUAAUGAAAGAAAGGAUCCUUUUUCCAAUGGGCAACAAGCUGGUUGAACGUAUCCGCAGCAUUAGGCUCACUGUGUUGCUUGAAGGGGAUACAAAUGCUAUUUGCUAGCUUAUUCUUCAGUCUAGCUAAACUGUUAUGGCAGUACUAUAUUCUCAAAAUAUUUGAUGUCAGUUACGGUUCCAGUUUCUUCUUCGCUCUCUUUUUCAGAGCGUCCCAAUUAAAUUUUGGUGGCUUAAUUUUAUUAGCCCAUCUAGUAAAGUUUCGAUGGAUUCGACCAUUGUAUAUGGUGAGAAACUUUCUUAGCCUGGCUACCACCUUUUCAAUCGAACCUCCAAAACGGGGAAUCAGUUCUUAACCACUUUCUUGAUCAUAUUUUAGUGGAAUGAUCGAUCUAUUUCUUCACCUCUUCGCCAAAAACUGAGAAUUUUCAUCCAGAAUAAAAGGAUAUUUCAAAUUACAAUGACAUGUAAACAAGAGCACCCUCACCCACCAGGAUAUUUCAAAUGCUUCCAUCAGGUCUUGAAUAAUCAAGAGCACCCCCACCCACCUGCCUUUUUUUUAUUUUUACUAGAAAAAAAAUCCGAACUAAAUAAUUGACAACUCUAAGUUGGACGUUAUCCCUUCCUGCAAAAGAUCAUUUGGAAAUAAUAUUGCUAAGUUGAUCCCAUCUGCUAUUUCAUCAUGACUACGUGUCUGACUGAAACAAAAUACAUUUUCUUGGGAGGUGCGAUCCGUUGGACAUAGAUCCAAUAUUUCCUAACUAGUUUCUUGCUGGUAGAUGCCUGGGCUUGGUGGGUGUUUUAUGUCGCCUUAAUGCUCACCUAAGCUACAAAAGUUUUAUGCCGGCAGCCGAAUCUGAAGCAAUGUUUUUGAUUAUUUGAAGGAGCUGAAUCAAGAAACAAAUCAUUUCAAGAGUGAGGGGAUAUAUAAUUAUAUCCCUCCUCAGCCUGUCAGUCAAGCAUCCAUCUUUAAGCAAUCAUAAGGCCAACAGCCGGAAGACAAAAAUUUCCUAUUAGUUCUAUCAGUCUGUUAUUUGACAUCAUGGUUUGGUAUGCUUGUAGAAUAAACGUUGGCCUUGGGCCAUAAUGAAUCUCAGAAUGACAUUCUGCCUAUAUUGCAGCAGCCUUUCAUGAAUAACAGAUUUAUUUUUUGGGCUUUGCAUUUUCUUCAAAAUCAAUUGAAUACUCCUUUAUAUUGUUAAGUUUCACGUUUUUCUACACUUGGAAUGAGAUUGCAGCCAUCAGGUUACCGAUGUGAGCCAUCCAGAUUUUUUCAUUGGUGCAAAGCUUAAUGGCUAUGUUCCUCCAAACACAGAGGUAUGGUUUUUUUUUUCUCUAUAUUUUUCUGAAUCCCUUUAGCAUUUAUAAAUUUUAUUUCAUCUGGCUUCAUAAAAAGGCAUUCUGAUUCUCCUUGAUUGCUACCCUGUUAUCCAUUGUAUCAGUUUCACUUUUUUUAAUUUCUUCAUCUUCCAUUAUGCUCAUUUCUUUGGUUCUUAUUUUUUGAAUAAAGUACUCACAUUGGCUGAUAGUUUUGCCUGAGAGUUUCUGAAAAGAAUUCCAGAUCUCUUUGCCUUCUUUUGGUGAUUUUAUAUUCUCCAUUAGAUACAUCUUCAUCGAUUUCUGUAAUAAUGCUACAGCUUAUGCGAGUUUUUAACGAUGGAAUAUGUUAAAUAUAUAUAUAUAUAUAUAUUUGUGUUUCCCACGGUUAAAAAUUUCUAUGCUGGAGGCGCAUCAUAAAAUUUCUAAAUUAUAAUAGAACUACAUAGGAGAAUUAGUUUAUAUUGAUGUUCGAGUUGCUUGAUGACUAAGUGUAGCCCUGAUUUAUGUUACAGGAUUGUGGGCAACCUGGAUUCACAUUGGCCGAAAGACAGCGGUUCACCAAAAUACUAUCUUUGUGAGUAAAUUAGUCAAAACAUUAUAGAUCCAUGUUUAUUUCUUUGGGCAUUCUUAAUUUACAUCAGCCAAAAAUAAGGUUCCGCUAACUUUUUUUUAUUUUUCUAAUUUUUAUGCUAAAAAAUCUGAAAAGUAGAUAACUGGAAUCUUCUUCCCGAUUUAUUUCUAUUCCAUCGUCAAAUUGAUCAGGAGCUUAAGACUCCUUGGGGGUUUAUGAUACAAGACAUAAAAUGAGAUUAAGAAAGAUCAAGUGCUAGGUAAAUGGGGAAGGUACUUGAUCUAUCUCUCAUUAAUCAUAAAAGUUUUGAUUUAAAGAAAUCCAUUGAUAAUUAUCCGAUUGGAGUUAAAAUUCUUUAAUGACUAAUCCCUUCUUUAGUGUGAAUGGAGGAUUUUUAUUUAUCUAAAAAAACCUCUGAUUUUUUUUAUUUUUUUAUUUUUUAUUUCCACAGGGGAAAGCUGGUAGAUGCAUACAGAUACCUUCAUGAAGAGCAAGAUAUGGACGGCGGCUUCUCUUGGUCUGGGAAUCCUGUUGGAAAGUAAGAAGCCCCUGUCUGUCCCAUGGCUCAUUAUUAGAAAGAUCUAGUGGGCCACACAUUCUCAAAGGUCAACCCCCACUGGGGAAUCAUCUGGCUGGGCCAGGAUUGGGCCCUUUUCUCUCCCCGGUCUUCCUUGCUUGCUCUUGCAAUUUCACCCAAAUGUUUGAAAUCUUUACUGAAAUGCUCCUCGGAAAUCUUAGAUUCUUCUGGGUUUUAUACGUAAAUGUUUGUGGAGUCAGAAUCACACUAGGCAUCAUAUCACCAUUUGACUUGUGUGGGGGGCAGACACCAUCUUCCUGUGAACUGGCAGCAAGAUUGGGUCCAUCUCUCUCUCUCUCUCUCUGGGCAAUCCUCAAUACUUUUGACUCAUAUACUCCUGUUCUUGGCAAAUUUCCAUGCAGGUACCGAGGUAAGAGAAUGCGGAUAGACUACUUCAUCGUCUCAGAACAGCUCAGAGACAGAAUCGUCGCGUGCCAGAUUCACGGGCGUGGGAUCGAGCUCGAGGGUAAGAGGAUAAAUAUUCCUUUUAAGGCAGUUUUUAUCAAGCACCAGCCACCUUGAAUAAUAUUAUUGAGCUUAUUUAUUCAUAUAAUCUUGAACAACAAAAAAAAAAAAUUGCAGGUUUUUAUGGGAGCGAUCACUGCCCUGUCUCACUGGAGCUGUUGCCAAAGAAGGAUUGA